CGGGUAGCGCUAGCAUGAGCAGCGGCAGCAGUCGGGAUCGAGAAAGGGAACGGGAUCGGGACCGCGAUGCACAGAGCUCUUCCUAUGGUGGCCGACCGCGUCCUCUAGGCGUCAGCUAUCUGCUCGAAGCUAUCCAAGCGACCCGGCGAGUCCUGCCAGCGGUGGUGGUGAAAUUAAUGGUGAGGGAAUGCCCAUUCCCGCGGCCCAGACGGCCUCCGAGGGCAAUCCCGGCAAGACAAUGGACAAUGCAAGGCAAUAGCUCCGUUAGCGGAACCGAAACCAGAUCCUGCCCCGAUGCGAGCUCCUGCUGGGAAUGGCAGCGCAAAGUGUAACCUACCUUCCGUAUUUAUGUGUACUUCGUAAGUCUCCAAAGAAACUAUUUAUGUGUGCGUGCACGCUUUGCUCAAAUAAACAAUCUUCAA